UCACUACAGCGGAAAUAGAAAAGGCACCGCACGAAGAAUUCGGACGCAGCAGUAUCAAUCCCCACGCUCAGAGAGAACUAGGAAAUAUCGCUAGCUAGCCUGCUAACUGCUGGACGACAGAUCACAGACACAGAGAGGAGAUAUAGACAAAACGAAUAACGAAUCAGAUUUCAACCUGGCGGGACUUUUUGGUUGCAUUUGCAAUCCCACAGCACUCGGAGUUGCGCGAGUCGGUCGAGUUUGCAAGUUUGAGGUGGUGUAUAGUGUCCCUGCAGGUGUAGCCUACAACCAUGCCGUUCCCUUUUGGCAAGUCUCACAAGUCCCCAGCAGACAUAGUGAAAAACCUGAAGGACAGCAUGUCUGUGUUGGAAAAGCAAGACAUCUCUGACAAAAAAGCCGAAAAGGCUACGGAAGAGGUGUCCAAAAACCUGCUGGCCAUGAAGGAGAUCCUGUAUGGCACCAGCGAGAAGGAGCCGCAGACGGAGGCCGUGGCACAGCUGGCGCAGGAGCUGUACAACAGCGGCCUGCUCAGCACGCUCAUAGCCGAUCUCCAGCUCAUAGACUUUGAGGGUAAAAAGGAUGUGGCUCAGAUUUUCAACAAUAUUCUCAGGAGGCAAAUUGGGACGCGGACGCCAACGGUAGAAUACAUCUGUACCCAACAGAAUAUAUUGUUUAUGUUGUUAAAGGGGUACGAAUCUGCAGAAAUCGCUCUGAACUGCGGGAUCAUGCUGCGAGAGUGCAUCAGACACGAACCGCUGGCCAAGAUCAUCCUGUGGUCCGAGCAGUUCUACGACUUCUUCAGAUACGUGGAGAUGUCGACGUUUGACAUUGCCUCGGACGCCUUCGCCACUUUCAAAGAUUUGCUCACAAGACAUAAGCUUCUGAGUGCAGAGUUUUUGGAGCAGCAUUACGACAGAUUCUUUAGUGAAUAUGAGAAGUUGCUUCAUUCAGAAAACUAUGUGACUAAGAGACAGUCUCUGAAGUUGCUGGGAGAACUUCUACUGGACCGACAUAACUUCACCAUCAUGACAAAAUACAUCAGCAAACCAGAAAAUCUCAAGUUAAUGAUGAACCUCCUACGGGACAAAAGUCGCAAUAUCCAGUUUGAGGCCUUCCAUGUAUUUAAGGUGUUUGUAGCUAAUCCUAACAAAACGCAGCCCAUCUUGGACAUAUUGCUGAAGAAUCAAACGAAACUAAUUGAGUUCCUCAGCAAGUUCCAGAACGACAGGACGGAGGAUGAACAGUUCAACGAUGAAAAGACCUACUUGGUGAAACAAAUCAGGGAUUUGAAGAGACCAGCUCCUCAGGAGGCCUGACAGCUGAGUCCAGAGUGUCUGAGCAACGUCUGAACAAUAGACCCUUCAGUAGCUGCUGUUCCAAUAUCGAACAUUGAAGCACCCUUAUCAACUCAUGAGGAAUUAUCCUGCUAAUCUGCUGUUCGAUGGAUGUGUCUUUUUCCCGCCCCCCACAGACUUUUAUUUUGAUGUUCCUAAAAAAAAAAAAAAAAAUGAAAAGAUGCUGCUUUAAUACACUUUAGGACAUGAUGUGGACGUAUUCCUCAACAAAAAAAGUCAUCCAAAUUGAACAGUGUAUACAAACAUAUAUUUUACAUCUUCAGUGCUAUGUAGUAGACUUCAUGAAAUGAAAUGCACACAUGCAGACACACAAACAUGCACAUACUGCUGGAUUUUCAGCACUGGAUUGGUGUUGACAAGGUACUGGCAAGGUGAACUAUUGUUGGUUGCAUGCCUUUUUAAAAUCUGAUGAAACCAUCCGUGUACUUGCACCUGCCCUGCUCUUCGCCUGAGUAUUAAGCACAUGCCACCUGUGCUGUUAUAAAUUGCACGCGCAUUACAGCAGUAGCUGCAAUUCUAUGCCUUGAUCUAAGAAAUUAAAUAUUGUGUUUUUAAUGUGAUUACAUGGGAACAUGAAACUACAGUGUAAGUUUUACAGAACAAAAUGGAAUGGUACAAUGCCUAAUAUGGGUGAAAAUAAAUCCUGUGUGGGUUUUGGGGGUUUUGGAGAAAACAGGGUGAAAUCUGUACAUACACCUUUUUUUCGCUUUGUAGAUUUUUUUUUUUGUUUGUUUCAGAUGACACGAAUAUUAUAUAACCAGAAGCGUUUUACUUUUUUUUUUUUUGCUCAUUGCUGUUGAAUAUAUUUUGCAAACAAAAUGAGCAAUGACAUUUCAUUUCAUUACCGAGAUGGUUGGAUGGUUGCUGGUUUUCUUUGUACAUAACUUAAUAGCUAUUAUCUUACAUGACUUUGGAAGAUAUUAAUUUGUACAGCAGAGGAAUGUCUUGGUAUUGGUCUGUAGCUCUUAACCCUUUUUCUGCAGAUGACUGCUUGUAUGUUACUGAGUGUUCCUUGCAGAUUGCAAAAAAAAAAAAGGUGCCGAUUGCUUCAAUAGAGGGCACAUUGUUAACAAACACAAGUUUAUGAGGUGCCAAUUAACCUGAAUAUCAAAAACUGGACUAUAUAGGCUUUAUGCUGAACCAGACUGAUCUAUUGAGCCUCAUGUUUUAUUUUGAUCGUCUUCGUGAAGGGAGGGAGGUAAAUCUAUUUGAUGCUCUCUAGGCAUUUACGAUUCACAAUGGCAGCAACCUAACUUUUUGUCAGAAGAGGAAACCAAUUACAGGGGAUGAAAAUUCCAGUACAAUUACUGAGUGAAGUGUAUGCAGCAUUCGUGUUCAUUUAUACACUUCACCAAAAAGCGCAGAAUGGUAUAUGACUGAUUCUUGAUCUGAAAGGCAACUGAUUAGCUAAAUUUCAGUGGCAUGUUAGUUUUCCCAAACUAACAAAACCAUUAUCGUGUUCACAAGCAUGAACACCCAACAUAAAUAUGCAGGCAGAUUUACAUCUCGGUCAAGAAAAUAAUGAAAGGGGGACAUUUUGGUGUUAAACCAAGUCUACAGUCAUUUCAGUCCAAACAAACCAUUCAAAUUAUCUUUGGGAUUUGAGUGCUGUUUAAGAGAAACUGGGCAAAAAAAAAGGCUUGUGAAAGUGCUGUAUCCUAAAACAGGAAUACCUUUAAACACCUUAAUGCUCUGCAUUUCAUUUCACAAACCAUGAACAUAGAAUGCAAAAUCCCAGUACUUCGUAAGGGACAUUUAAACAGCAUGCUCCUUUUAACAGCUAAAUACAGCAUGAUAUUCUGAAAGACAUUGUACUGGAAAUUUUUGUCAAAUACUCUUAAAAUACUUCAAAACAAAUAUCAGCCAAGUUAAAUUCGUAAUUGAAGUCUACUUUAUAGUUCCAGCAUGAAGUACAAGUGUGCUUUUAACAUGUUAAAUCUCCUGGGCCCAACAGUAAUGACAAAAAAGAAUAAAUUUUGAAUAAAUUGAAACGA